UCUCUUUCUUUAUUCCUCAGUCUCUUCUCUUCACUUCUCUCACUCCUACAACCGCAAACCCACAAUGGAUUCUUUCUCUCUCCUCUGCACCGGAGCGCUCCUCGCCGGCGGCCUCUACUGGUUCGUGUGCGUACUGGGCCCAGCCGAGCAGAAGGGAAAGCGCGCCACGGAUCUGUCUGGCGGCUCCAUUUCCGCGGAGAAAGUCCAGGACAACUACAAGCAGUACUGGUCGUUCUUCCGCCGCCCAAAGGAGAUCGAAACGGCCGAGAAAGUCCCGGACUUCGUGGACACCUUCUACAAUUUAGUGACCGACAUCUAUGAGUGGGGGUGGGGCCAGUCCUUCCACUUCUCCCCCUCGAUCCCCGGCAAGUCCCACCAUGAAGCCACGCGCCUCCACGAGGAGAUGGCAGUGGAUCUCAUCCAGGCCGGCCCAGGAGACAGAGUCCUGGACGUGGGCUGCGGCGUGGGCGGGCCAAUGCGCGCCAUCGCGGCCCACUCCCGCGCUAACGUUGUGGGAAUCACAAUCAACGACUACCAGGUGAAUCGCGCCCGCCUCCACAACAAGAAAGCCAAUCUGGACUCCCUCUGCGAGGUCGUCUGCGGCAAUUUCCUCAACAUGCCCUUCCCCGACAACUCCUUCGACGGCGCAUAUUCCAUCGAGGCCACGUGUCACGCUCCCAAACUCGAACAGGUCUACGCUGAAAUCUUCCGCAUGUUGAAACCCGGUGCGCUCUACGUAUCGUAUGAGUGGGUCACCACAGACAAGUACCACGCCGACGACCCUGAACACGUGGAGGUCAUCCAGGGCAUUGAGAGGGGUGACGCCUUGCCUGGCCUCAGAAGCCACACUGACAUAGCCGAAACCGCGCGUAAGGUAGGGUUUGUCGUGGUUAAGGAACAGGAUCUGGCUAAGCCCCCUGCUCAACCCUGGUGGAGCCGCCUCAAGAUGGGCCGGAUCGCCUACUGGCGAAACCACAUCGUGGUCACCGUUCUUGCUGCCUUGGGAAUUGCACCCAAGGGGACCGUCGACGUCCACGAGAUGCUUUUCAAGACAGCUGAUUAUUUGACAAGAGGGGGCGACUCUGGGAUUUUCUCACCGAUGCACAUGAUCCUCUGCAGAAAGCCCAACGACAGUGACGACCACGUCCAAACCUGAGUUUCUACGUCAAAUUGGAAAACAAAAACAGCUACUCCUUUCUUGUUUCCGGUACCCUUUUUCUUUUUCAUAAUAAUAAUUAUUAUUAGUAUCUUUGGUUUAACUUAUUUUAGCUUUUGUUAUUACUAUGAUUAGUAUGAACUUGGUGUAAUUCGGAUUUUGAUCUUUCUAUUUUAAAUUUGAAUUUUGCAAUGUAUCACAUUUGAUUGA